ACAAAUGAAGGAUGCACUCUCGUGUGGAUGUUUGUGAAAGUGACAGAUAACUAUUCAGCACUUCUCUAAUCUAAGUAAGUUACACCUGUUUCUGGUUUGGUGUAUUUAUCUCUUUAACACCAGCAUCAGUCAAAUUUGACACAGAUACCAGCAUGUCUGUCACGUCACUCUCCUGUUGGACUAAACUGCAGCUGAGGCAACACAAUAUAAUAAGAGCACUUCUUCAAAACAGUGCCUGUGUUUGUAGGAGUCAAGCCUCCAGAUGCCACAGCUCUGCACCAGAGAGAAGAAGGGUUGUGAUCACUGGUAUUGGGUUGGUGUGUCCUCUGGGCACAGGGACUGCUCUGGUCUGGGAGCGUCUGAUCGAGGGCCACAGUGGGCUUGUUGCACUUGGCUCUGAGCAGUACAAAACUGUUCCCUGUAAAGUGGCAGCGCUGGUACCGAGAGGGACUGAAGAGGGCCAGUUUAACCAGGAGAAGUUUGCCUCUCGUGGGGAGAUCAGCAGCAUGUCACCGGCCACUGUGAUGGCCAUGGCAGCUGCUCAGCUUGCUCUGGAAGAUUCAGGGUGGUACCCCAAAACCCAAGAGGAGCAGCUCUCUACAGGGGUGGCUGUUGGCAUGGGGAUGGUGUCACUGGAUGAAAUUGCUCGCACCUCUGCCGCUUUCCAAGAAAAGGGCUACAACAAAGUCAGCCCCUUCUUUGUGCCUCGCAUUCUUGUCAACAUGGCUGCGGGACAUAUAAGUAUCAAACACAAGCUGAAGGGUCCCAACCAUGCUGUGUCUACAGCCUGCACCACAGGCGCACACGCCAUAGGUGAUGCAACCAGGUUCAUUGCUCACGGUGAUGCAGUUGCUAUGGUUGCAGGGGGAACAGAAUCCUGUGUGGGUCCUCUGUCAAUAGCCGGCUUUGCCAGGGCACGAGCCCUUGCCACCAAAUGGAAUGACGACCCCAAGCUGGCGUCGAGACCCUUUCACCCAGAGAGAGAGGGCUUUGUGAUGGGUGAAGGAGCUGCUGUGCUCCUGCUUGAGGAGAGAAGCCACGCAGUGAGGAGAGGAGCUACAAUCUAUGCAGAGGUCCUGGGCUAUGGGCUCUCAGGGGACGCCAGCCACAUCACCGCACCCACUGAAGAUGGAGACGGAGCAUUCAGAUGCAUGUCAGCAGCCAUCAGAGAUGCCGGCAUCUCACCUGCAGAUGUGACGUACGUGAACGCCCACGCCACCUCCACGCCACUGGGUGACGCUGCUGAAAACUCUGCCAUCAAAAGACUCUUUGAGCAAAACGUGGAAAGCCUGGCCGUCUCCUCCACCAAAGGAGCCACGGGACAUCUGCUUGGGGCCGCGGGUGCUCUGGAGGCAGCGUUCACCACUUUGGCCUGCUACCACGGGGUCCUGCCCCCGACCCUCAACCUGGAUCGCACAGAGCCAGAGUUCAACCUCAAUUAUGUUCCCUGCACAGCACAGCCGUGGCAGACUCAGGGCAGACGGGUCGCCCUCUCCAACUCGUUUGGAUUUGGAGGCACCAACGCCUCACUGUGUCUCAGCAGUGUCUGAUAACACUCUCAAAGUCAUUCUGAACUUUUUAUGAAACAUCUGAUCUGAUUCAGUGUGUAUUCUUUACCUAUGGUGUCAUAGAGUUUAACAGGCUGAAUAUUUUUAAGUAGAACUGAUCAGAUCCAUCCCUGGUUGCUUGUGAG